UGCAUUACAUCAACUGCUGUGUCUUUUGGAGGACCCUUUACGUGUGUCUUCUCUCUGUUCGGCUAGUAUUUUCUUUCUUUAUUGAAAGCAAAGGCACUGAUUUUUUUGAAUCUCCGGACAAUUUUGAAGAAUUCAAACCGAAAGAAAAAAUGCAAGGUAGACACUCGGGAAGCACCCACAACAACUACGAAGAUUUCAAACGGAACCAAAUGGAUCUUCGCGGUCUUUACUCCACAUUGAAGGCACAUCCGGCACUCAUGAACAGGCGCAUGAUGGUAAACGGUCACAACCCGCCGCCUCUUCCGGUAGAUUGGGAUGAAGCAGCAGGGGAGCUGUCUGUUUCGAAGCGGUUUGACAUGGGCAUGGCACAGUCAGUGUGCCCAGUUAAGAUAAGCUGGGAGUUGAUCUCGCGAGCCCGGGACAUGAACGGGACGGAAGUGGAGGUGUUCCAGCCCCUGGACUCCAGCGACCGCUUCCAGUGGUUCUACACGGUCACGUGCGACCAGCGCCGUCUUCAGGAACGAGAGAAUUGCCCACAAUGCUGCUACGCAAUCAACACGCAAAUGUACCUGUCUAGGUGCGUCCCCCGGCAGUCAUACGUGAUGGCGCUGAUAUGGCGACCGGAAAUGGCCUCUUACGACUGGGGCUACAUCCAGGUGGAUUCAAGCUGCGACUGCGCCAUCACACCCAAACACUGACAUAACAUUCUAAUAUUGUCAAUGCUACAUAAGAAGUUCCGAUGGAAGGAGUGCUAUUUUAUCCAGUUUUCUAAAAAAAAACAAAUGUCAUUGACACUGGUCAUUUUGCAUAACCAAAUGAUGGUAGACAUGGUGAUUGUGAAAAUUAAAGGG